CGAUUAUUCACUUAUUCAGACGGAAAAAAAAAUGGCGCUAGAAUCGAUAGUCUCUCUCUCGGAGCUUCUCUCUUCCCUUCUCUCGUCGAAACCACCGUCUCCGUCGAGUCUGAAACCUAUCACGCUUCCGUCUUCCGUAUCCGCGAGAACGUCACAGCAUUUGUCGAUGACGACGAAGAUUUUAACGGCCGAGCACGAUGACGUCAUCAAUCGAGUGGCGUAUCCUUCGCUGGCGAACGCGAAUCUCGUAUUCUUCAAGUCCAGUUACUACAACGUCGAGGUGGUGCCUAAAGACGGCGAAUCGGAGGAGCAGCUGGUUAACGAUUUCAAGAGGUCGUGUUUCAGAGCGGGUGUGUUGCAGGAAUCUCGAAGACGACGCUUCUUCGAGAGCUCUCUGGAGAAGAAGACGCGGAAGACCAAAGAAGCUGCGAAGAAGUAUCGGAAAAGGAGACCAAACCCUAAACCAAAACCACUAUCAACUUCAGAGAUCCGCAAGCACAACAGAAAUGCAUCCAGAGAAGACGAACAAGACGAUCACUGGGAACUUCCUCCUGAGGACAUUGAGAUUCCAUAUACCAACCGGUCUUAGAAGUAAACCGGAAUGAUAUUCCGGUACACUGAUCUGAGCAAUCUUAAUCACGCAGCAUCUGCGUUUUGUAAAGCCACUCUUUUGUAUGUUCUUUUAGCUUGAGAUUAGAAAAUUUUCAUUGCUCGGUGUAGAGUGAAGAUGAAUGAUUUUGGAGGUGUCUGUAACGUAGAACCAAAUGCAGAUGAAUCUGUAACUAGUUUUGAUUACAUGACAAGUGAUCACAGAUAUGAGAAGAAUCAAGCCAUAGAUUGGCAGUUA